GGUCUUUCCGUCUCUUUAAAGUCAUUCCGUUUGCAGACACACACAUAGUCAGCUGUUUACGUUUUCCACUUUCCUCGUGUUUGUUUUAAUAGAGAGGUAAAGAAAGUUAACUAACAAGUUUCAGAAUGACUUUGUUCAUUCUGCUUACUUUCAUUUGGUGGGCAAAUACAGGUCAUGUCCAUGGAAGCCAUUCAGCCAACAUCACUGCAAUCCUGGACCGACUGCUGGAUGGCUACGACAACAGACUGCGUCCCGGCUCUGGCGGAGGGAUAACCGAGGUGAAGACGGACUUCUUCGUCACCAGCUUUGGACCGGUUUCAGAUGUUGAAAUGGAUUUCACCAUGGACAUGUUCUUCCGGCAAAUGUGGGUGGACGAGAGGCUGAAGUUCGAAGGGCCAACCGAAAUCCUGCGUCUUAACAACCGAAUGGUGGACAAGAUUUGGACCCCAGACACUUUCUUCCGCAACUCCAAGAAAUCCCUGGCCCACAACAUGACAACCCCUAAUAAAAUGUUCCGCAUCAUGCAGAAUGGAACUGUGCUCUACACCAUGAAGCUGACUGUCAUCGGAGACUGUCCGAUGCAGCUCAUGGACUUCCCAAUGGACGGCCACACCUGUCCUCUCCGGUUCGGGAGCUAUGCCUACACCAACCGUGAGAUCGUGUUCACCUGGAGGAAGGGCCCCAUCGACUCGGUGGACUGCCCCAAGGAGUCCAUGAGCCUGCUGCAGUACGACCUGGUGGGCCAGUCGCUGUCCAGCACUGUCUUCAAGUCCAACACCGGUCACUACUCGGUGAUGGUCGUCCACUUCCUCCUCCAGAGGAAGCUGGGCUACUACCUGAUCCAGACCUACAUCCCCCUCAUCAUGGUGGUGGUGCUGUCGCAGGUGUCCUUCUGGAUCAACAAGGAGUCUGUUCCAGCCCGCACCGUCGCCGGCAUCACCACCGUCCUCACCAUGACAACGCUGAGCAUCAGCGCCCGCCAGUCGCUGCCCAAGGUGGCCUACGCCACCGCCAUGGACUGGUUCAUCGCUGUGUGCUUCGCCUUCGUGGCGUCCGCGCUCAUCGAGUUCGCGGCGGUCAACUACUUCGCCACGCUGCAGGCGCACCGUCUGAAGAAGCAGAAGGCCAAGCUGCACGAGAUGGAGAUGAUCGCCGAGGAGGACGAGGACGAGGCUUUGCCGGACGGCUUCCCCCGGGGGACCCUGAAGAGGAGGAACCACUCCAUGGCCCCCAGUGAGGGCACCGUGCCCAUCUUCCUCCAGCAGGGCUCCGCAGUGCCGGCGAACCCCCAGCUGGCCGGGACCAGCCCCAUCGACCAGUACUCCCGCGUCCUCUUCCCCCUCACCUUCGCCCUGUUCAACAUCGUCUACUGGUCCAUGUACCUGUCCAAGGACACCAUGGAGAAGCCCAGAGACAUGAAUUCACCGUCCUCUUAGACGAAGAGCACCCCAUGGGCAUGUGACGGUGGAGGGACGGCGCCUGUUCCAUCUCCAUCGCUCUCUCUCCAUCGCUCUUUCUCUCCAUCGCUCUCGCUUUUUCUCUCUCUGUGACUUUCUGUCUUUCUCCCUCUUUCCUUCCAUCUCUCCCUCUCUCCCUCUCCCCCUUUUCUCUCUCUCCCUCUCUCCCUUCUCCCUUUUCCCCCUCUCCCCCUCUCCCUCUCUCUCUCUCUCUCUCUCCCUUCUCCCUCUCUCCCACUCUGAACAAGCACUUAGCAUUUGUUCUGCACUCAUCCAACAGAGGAAAUGAAUCAGAAAGUAAUUUAUUUCCACAUCUCGUAUCUGUUCACGCCACAGAGUGUGACCACGGCCCGCUUGUGGUCCAAUCAGCGACUAGAAAGCUGAGCGCCAUGAGAGGCUGAUGCCUGGCGUGUAAAUGUAUACGUAUAUAUAUAUAUAUAUAUAUAUAUAUAUAUAUAUACUUUAGAAGUAGACCUAAAGAGGCCGUCUCACCAUGGGUAGGGUGGCCAACGCACACACACACUCGCACACACUCGUACACACAAACACACACACGCACGCACACAUGCACGCACGCACACAGAAACGUAUACAUGUGACUAAACUCAAGCGCAAGCCUAGAAAAACCUCAAAAAAGGAGGUGGAUGAUAUAAUCUAUGAUGGCUGGCACUGGUGGUGACGCAACAGUGAACCAAUGCUUUCAGAAGCCUGCCCUCUACAGAGACACAGCUCCCACUACAGCGAGAUCAAAGGCAACUUACAGAAGGCUCGCAUCCCUCCUUGCGGCUUUUAAAAUAUGUACUCAACCUGAGAGAAGAAGGAACGCUGGGAUGAGGAUGAUGUUGCAUAUACCCUGCGCCACCUCGGCUGGGGAGUUUCAGAGCCCGCCUUUGGAAAGCAGUAAAAAGGGUUUUGAAACAUUUCGCCCAAAGGGAAAUGGUUUCCCCAGUUUGUUUGUGGUGUUUUUUUAAUUGUCGUUUUUUUUUUUUGUGUCGGCAUGAUCAUUUGUAAAACUUGAAUUUCUAUAUUUCAUGACUUUAAAUAAAACAUAUCCCAACAGUAACUCACGUCUUCAUUUGAACAUUGUACUGCAUGCUG